GGUGGAAAAGGAGAAAACGGAGGUUUGGGGACUGGAGAGCGUGUCGGUGUAACGAGGUAAUGGAGAAAGUGAGAGACUAGCAGGAAAGUUUGGGAGGAAGGGGAAUGGGAUGGAGAUAGGACAGUGCAGCUGCGCGAAUGAUAGAGGUUCAGGGGUUCCCCUUUCCCCUGUGGAAAGGGAGAGGGCAGAGUUAAGCAGCAUCAGUUGCAGCCAAUUCUAAUUGCCAGGCCUUUUAGCUCUUCCUCGGGUGGGACGGGCAGAAGGGAAUGGUCUUGUGGGUUUAGAGAAUUGGGGUUGGAUGAGGGUUCAGCUGGAUUUCCAAAAGCUCCCUUGUUUUUCCUGGUUACGAACAGAAAGGGAACGGAGGACCCUGGUAGCGCUGAACUGUGGAAGGAGUAAAGGACUUUCCUAGUUUUAAGUAAUUAGUUAGGAAUAUCGGAAUGGGGAAACAUGCAUGCUAUGUAGGACCUCUGUAUGCUAAAGUCAAGGCUCUGAAGUCUGAGAAAGGGAACAGAAAACACAGGAUGGCAUCUAGGCAGCCAUGCUAAUUAAACGAGCGCUUUAGUUUCCAGAUUCUUUAUUUUGCUGUUUAGUGCUAGGAGGGAGGGUCAGUACCCGUGUAUAAAAAAAUGUUCCCGGUGAAAUGUAGAUGUUUGAGUGGAUGCUGUCCCCGUGGAUAUUUCGUUCUCACUGUGUACUAGGAAGAGACCUGGGAAAUUAAGUUUCCUGCAGAGUACAGUGGGGACUGUGGCUGCUGAGCGGGGAUUCUGGGAAGCACUGUGUGCCUGAGCCCCCAGCAUGGCGGGCCUGAAGCGGAGGGCAAGCCAGGCGUGGCCCGAAGAGCACGGUGAGCAGGAGCACGGGCUCUACAGCCUGCACCGCAUGUUCGACAUCGUGGGCACCCACCUGACGCACAGGGACGUGCGCGUUCUCUCCUUCCUCUUUGUCGACGUCAUCGACGACCACGAGCGUGGCCUCAUCCGGAACGGACGUGACUUCUUACUGGCGCUGGAGCGCCAGGGCCGCUGUGAUGAGAGCAACUUCCGCCAGGUGCUGCAGCUGCUGCGCAUCAUCACUCGCCACGACCUGCUGCCCUACGUCACUCUCAAGCGGAGACGGGCUGUGUGCCCUGAUCUUGUAGACAAAUACCUGGAGGAGACAUCAGUUCGCUAUGUGACACCCAGAGCCCUCAGCGACCCAGAGCCGAGGCCUCCCCACCCCCCUAAAACAGUGCCUCCCCACUAUCCCGUGGUGUGCUGCCCUACUUCGGGCCCUCAGAUGUGUAGCAAGCGGCCAGCUCGAGGGAGAGCCACACUUGGGAGCCAGCGAAAACGCCGGAAGUCAGUGACACCAGAUCCCAAGGAAAAGCAGACAUGCGACAUCAGACUGCGGGUUCGGGCUGAAUACUGCCAGCAUGAGACUGCUCUGCAGGGCAACGUCUUUUCUAACAAGCAGGACCCACUUGAGCGCCAGUUUGAGCGCUUUAACCAGGCCAACACCAUCCUCAAGUCCCGGGACCUGGGCUCCAUCAUCUGUGACAUCAAGUUCUCUGAGCUCACCUACCUCGAUGCAUUCUGGCGCGACUACAUCAAUGGCUCGUUACUAGAGGCGCUUAAAGGCGUCUUUAUCACAGACUCCCUCAAGCAGGCUGUGGGCCACGAGGCCAUCAAGCUGCUGGUGAACGUGGACGAGGAGGACUAUGAGCUGGGCCGGCAGAAACUCCUGAGGAACUUGAUGCUUCAAGCAUUGCCCUGACCUUUUCCCUCUCACUUCUCUGGGGACUUCUCACCACCCACCUCUGGAGCUUACAUGCUGUGCUGGGGUUUGUUCUCUACCCUUCCAACCAAUCACACCCCUGCCUUUGUUUUUUUUUUAAAGGAAAAGACAAAAGAAAAAUGGAAGUGGUGUCCCCCACCCCUCCCUGCACCCAUGUGCCUGGGCUUCCCCUUGUUUCCCUUUUCCACUCACCCCCUCAUGUGUGUCUCUACAGUCACCUUGCCACUGAGCCGUAAGACAAAUGUGUAGGGAGAAGAAAGGCUACAGACCAUAGUCUUUGUAAGGGAUUGAAGUGAUCACUGCUUUUGGGUGCAUUGAGGGGUUAUCAGUACUUCUGGCUUUAUGAGGGCUCUUAAACUCUGUCUGAAAAACCAAAGGGCUGUCAGUAGGGAGCUGUGUGGAAGGUGGGACUCUGAAGUGUAUUUUGGAAAUUAAUCACCACCCUCUCCCAAAUUAUAGAAUUUUUAAAAAACAAAGAAGCUGUGGCCCUUUCCACUCUCUCCUGGCCUCUGGUGCUGCUCCUCUCUGCCUCGCUUCCUCCAUUCCAUGGCUGGAAACCUCUGGCUGGUGUGGCUCCUUCCUUUUCCCUCUCUGUUAAACCCUCUUCAAAGGAACAAUAGGUAAGAGGACUAGGUCAGCCUAGUCACCGUCCCAACUGUGGUGUGUGUGUACACACACACACACACACACACACACACACACACACA